AGUGAUGGAAAGAAUAUAUAUAUUGAAGUCAUGAGAUGAGAUUGACUCUAGAGAGUUUGGUAAGUGGUGGGAGCUUGAUCUUGAUACCUAUGUGCUAUGGGGAUCUGAUCUGAUCUGAGAGAUCUGGGGGAGAGAGGUAUCCUCUUCCUUCUUCAAACGAAGAAAAACCCGCAAGAGCACCAACACCGCCUUCCUCUGUAUUAUAUAUAUAUACACAUGGUAGACGAUCAUACAUUCACUCCACCUGCCAUAAGAACAACAAUCUAUUAUUAACGUCAUCCGUAUCUCUCCCUCUUUCGCUCUGAACCGAUCUGAAUAAGAACCGAUUGAAACGGAGAUCGAGGCUCUCAAGCUCGUCGCGAAGUUUAUCGCAGGUGGAUCCGAUCUGAAGCAGUAACCGCAAUCACAGCAUCGCUCAACGAGAGGACUAGGAAUUUUUUUUCGUGGUUGUUGGAGGUGUUUGGAAAAAUUAACGCUUCUGUUUCUCUUGUGACUAAUUAUAUAUGGGCUGACGUGUACAUUUCAUGGGAGGUGUAGAGGACAGUGAGCCACCCUCAAAACGUGUGAAAGUAUCCUCUGGAGGAUUGAGAGGUGUUUUGGACAGUGCAUCUCUUUCUGGGCUUCCGACCUGCUCAUUGGCCGACUGUAUGGCCGGGCCCCUUGCGUCCCAAAGAGAGGGUGAGAUGAUUGGUUCAAAAGGAAUUAUUCAAAAAGUUGAAUUCGUCCGUAUCAUAGCAGAAGCACUAUACUCUCUUGGCUUUGAGAAGACUGGGGCACAGCUAGAGGAAGAGUCCGGAAUACCAUUGCAUUCCUCUAAUGUAAAUUUGUUUAUGCAGCAAAUACUUGAUGGUAACUGGGAUGAGAGUGUAAUCACAUUGCGUAAGAUUGGUCUACUUGAUGAAACUAUUGUAAAGUUGGCAUCUUUUGCAAUAUUGGAGCAGAAGUUUUUGGAGCUUCUGGACAGGGAAAAGAUCAAGGAUGCACUAAAGACAUUGAGGACUGAAAUUGCCCCUCUUUGUAUAAACAAGGAGAGGGUACAUGAGCUUUCUAUGUGCAUUUUGUUUCCUUCACAGCAUCUACUUCUUGAGUUUCCUCAUCAAGAUGUAGGCAGGACAAAGUCUCGGCCAAAAUUACUGGAGGAAAUACAGAAAUUACUUCCCCCAAUGGUGAUGAUUCCAGAAAGAAGGUUGGAACACCUUGUUGAACAGGCUCUUAACCUACAAGUGGGUAGUUGUGUGUUUCACAACUCUUUAGAUAGGGAAAUGUCAUUGUUAACAGAUCAUUGGUGUGGAAGAGAACAGGUUCCUUCUCAAACAUUACAGGUACUGCAAGAACACUAUGAUGAAGUUUGGUUCUUGCAAUUCUCACAUAAUGGAAAAUAUUUAGCCUCUUCCUCCAGUGAUCGAUCAACAAUAAUAUGGGAGGUUAGCUGGAAUGGUAGAGUUUCCUUGAAGCAUAGAUUACAUGGUCACCAGAAACCUGUCUCCUAUGUCUCGUGGAGUCCUCAUGAUGAUCAGCUCCUCACCUGUGGAGUAGAGGAGGUUGUGAGACGAUGGGAUGUUUCUUCUGGUCACUGUCUCUGCAUUUAUGUGAAAGGUGGUCUUGGUUUGGUGUCUUGUGCAUGGUCACCUGAUGGGAAGUGGGUAUUCACUGGCAUUGCUGAUGAAAGCAUCUGCAUGUGGGAUCUGGAUGGUAAACAGCUGCAAUGUUGGAAAGGGCAACGGACUGUUAGGAACUCAGACUUGGAAGUGACAAGUGAUGGGAAGCAUAUAGUUACUAAAUGUAAAGAAGCUGCAGUACUAUUACUUGACAGAGAAGAAAAAACUGAGAAAUUGAUUGAAGAGAUUCAAACAAUAAAUUCAUUUUCGUUGUCCAGGGAUAAUAAGUUCUUACUGGUUAAUCUUCUGAACCAAGAAAUCCAUCUGUGGAACAUAGAGGGUGAUCCAAAACUCAUUGCUAAGUACAAAGGUCAUAAGUGCUCCCGGUUCUUUAUCAGAUCCUGUUUUGGUGGACUUCAGCAAUCAUUUAUUGCCAGUGGUAGUGAGGAUUCUCAGGUUUACAUAUGGCACAAAGACUCAGGAGAGCUUGUAAAGGCAUUACCAGGCCAUGCCGGAGCUGUAAACUGUGUUAGCUGGAACCCUGCAAAUCCACACAUGCUGGCUUCUGCCAGUGAUGACCGUACAAUCCGCAUAUGGGGGCUGAAGAAUCAGUUAGAUUCAAAACAAGAAAAGGCCCAAAGCAAUGGCAUCCAUUACUGCAAUGGGGGAACUUAAGAAAAGGUGAACCGAAGAAUGAAUGAAGAGACGAUCACAUUAAAACCAAAAAAAACAGAAAAACUCUUUCCCGUCCCCAGGCCAUUGCUUCUAAGAAAAUGUAAAUAAUUAUUGUACCUAUGCCUGUUGCCAGACACAGACAGACAGACAUUCAUGAAAACAGAACAGACAGGUGAACCCCAUCUGACUCUUGCCAAUAAAUUAUUAUCUUCUGCUUCCAGUUUAA